CGAGUCUCGAUCUCGAUGUUUUGAUUUCCAUAAUAUGUAUUAUGAUUCUCACUAAAUAUAAAAUAUAUUUGUGUUCUUUUAUAAGUUAAUACUUUGUGUUUAUUAUUUAUUUUAUAAUACGGUUCGCAACGUAGUAAAUUAUGGUGGAAAAAGAUUGGGUAAAAUGUUCACCGGUGCUCUCUAAACCCGUUCUUAACUGUAUACAAAAACAAGGGUUUAAAAACAUGACACCGAUUCAGGCUGCUGUAAUACCAUUAUUGCUCUCUUGCAAGGAUGUAGUGGCUGAAGCUGUGACCGGCUCUGGUAAAACAUUAGCGUUUGUUGUGCCUAUGCUCGAAAUGCUAAUGAAAAAAGACAAAGACUAUCCUCUUCGGAAGGAUUUUGUUUAUGCUGUUAUAAUAUCACCAACUAGAGAACUGGCUUCGCAAAUAUUCAAGGUAAUAGAACAAUUUCUCCAAGAGUCAGAACUAUCACAUAUAACAUUAUGUCAGCUAGUGGGUGGAAGACCAGUGGAGGUAGAUGCUGCAAGCUUUAAAAAAGGGGCUCAGAUCGCAGUAUGCACUCCUGGAAGACUACAAGAUCUUCUAGCAGAAAGAAAACAGCUUAAUUUGCCAGCUAGAAUUAAGGACCUGGAACUUUUAAUUUUAGAUGAAGCAGAUCGUCUUCUAGAUCUUGGAUUCAGCUCUACACUAACAACCAUCUUACAAUAUCUUCCAAGACAGAGACGAACGGGACUAUUCUCGGCUACACAGACUAAAGAGUUGCAGGAUUUAGUGCGAGCUGGCUUGCGAAACCCAGUCCUAAUAAGUGUUAAAGAAAAAUCAACUAUCAGUACACCAGUGUCACUAGAAAAUUAUUACAUAAUAGUAGAGCCCCAAGAUAAGUUUCUUUUGCUGUUAAACUUCAUUCGAAAUAGGCGGAUGUUGAAAGGACUGUUCUUUUUGCCGACUUGUGCGUGCGUCGAUUAUUGGGCCGACGUGUUGCCAGUGUUUCUGCCAGAUUUGAAAAUAUUCGCAAUACACGGCAAAAUGAAGCAUAAGAGAGGAAAGAUAUUGGAGAAGUUUCGAGCUGCUGACAGUACAAUAUUGUUGUGUACAGAUCUAAUGUCAAGGGGGUUAGAUAUACCGGAGGUGGAAUGGGUGAUACAAUGGGAGCCCCCCAGUAACCCGGCAGCGCUGGUACACCGCGUGGGGCGCACGGCGCGGGGUGGAGCGGCCGGGUGCUCGCUGCUGCCGCUGCUUCCCAGCGAGGACAGUUACGUUGCCUUCAUCAAAGCCAACCAGCAGGUGGAGCUGGCAGACUGGCGCAGUUCUAACGACGAGAUCAAGAUUAGCGAUAAGUUGAGGAAGAAGGUUCUAUCAAUUCUGCACCAACAACAGAUGAAAGACCGCGCUAUUUUUGACAAGGCGCAGCGUGCCUUCGUCUCCCACAUGCGGGCCUACUCCAAGCACGAAUGUAACAUUCUGCUGCGGCUCAAGGAGCUGCCCCUGGGCCACAUAGCCACCAGCUACGGACUGCUCAAACUCCCGAUCAUGCCCGAGAUCAAACAGGAGCACCAGGGGCAGUUUGUGGGGCCUGAUGAGAAGGUCGACUUCAAUGCUAUCCCGUAUAAAGAUAAGCAGAAGGAGACAAGUCGGCUGUUGAAAUUAGAGGAAUACAAAAAGACGGGGGUUUGGCCUUCGAAGAAGAAGAAAAAGAUGAGCAAAACACAACCUUGGGAGCAGACAAAGAUAAACAAACAAGAGAAGAAAGAAAGACGGAUUAAAAGAAAAGAUCAAAAACAAAAAAUGGCUGCGGCGGGAAAAGCUAAGAAGAGGAAGACUGUGACGCAAGAGGAGUUGGUUGAAUUGGCAGCAGAUGUGGCGCUGAUAAAGAAAUUAAAGAAGCGAAAGAUUACUGAUGAGCAGUUCGAUAAAAAGUUUAAUGUUGAGGAAUAAAUUAUUAUUAUAUUGUUAAA